AUGGUGCCAGAACCAUACCAAAUCUCAGUAUCAGAUGAGGUACUCAAGGACUUGAAGCAACGUCUCUCAACUGCCAAGUUCCCUGAUCAGCUUGAGUACGCGGACCAGGAUGUCUGGCAAUUUGGUGCGCCCGUUGCUGAUAUACGUCGACUUGCGAACUACUGGAAAGAAGGCUUCGAUUGGAGGAAAGCGGAAGCGACGUUGAAUGAAUUGCCAAAUUACCAAACCAAGCUGGACGUUGACGGUUUCGGCGAUCUUGAUAUUCAUUCAUUAAGGAGGGAAGCUGAGCUAAACCUUCAGUUCGGGUUUUCCGACGGCAUCAACAAGAAAGGGUUUACACUCACGAAGUACGCCGAAACAUGUCACAAGCUGAUGCUUCAGCUUGGGUACGAUCAAUAUGUCACACAAGGCGGAGACUGGGGAUUUUCAGUGACGCGAGCGAUCGGCCUGCAAUACCCCGACCAUUGCAAAGCGUCCCACAUCAACCUGGUCCUCGGACAAGCCCCAAAACUCGCUCAACAACCGCUCCUGGCCCUCCAGCACGCCAUAUCCCCGUACAACGCUCGCGAAAAAGCGGGACACGAGAGAUCAGCAUGGUUCAUGAAUGAGGGUUAUGGAUACAACCUCCUUCAGAGCACCAAACCCCAGACCGUCGGCUACGCACUCGCUGACAGCCCCACCGCCCUCCUGGCCUGGAUUUUCGAAAAGCUGCACGACUGGACCGACGGCUACCGGUGGACCGACGACGAGAUUCUGACAUGGGUAUCGAUCUACUGGUUUUCGAAAGCCGGACCCGCAGCGAGUGUCCGGAUCUAUUACGAAGCUACCCACCCUGAACCCUUCUCGAGCAUUUCGACACCCACGCUGCGCGGAUGGAUUCCGCAUGUUAAAUUGGGCGUUGCACAUUUUCCGAGAGAGAUCACCGUCGUGCCGAAGACUUGGGCGCAGACGCUCGGUCCAGUGGUUUUCCAAAGUGAGCAUGAGAAGGGUGGUCAUUUCGCGGCGUGGGAGAGGCCGGAGGCUAUCGUUGAGGACUUGCGGAAGAUGUUUGGGAAGGCAUCCCCCAAACAUGUCUCACAACCCGACCGACAUUCGUCCGGACGAGGAAGCUCUUGCGGCCUUGCUCAUAAUCGCGGCCUUGAGCUUCGCGGAAGCCUCUUCGCGGUCGCGAAGACAGCUGCAAAGCGCUUCGUUGGAUCCAUCAGUAAGAAAGACGCGUGUGGAAGUCAGGUUGAGCAGGGGCAUGAACAGAUGAAGGGGCAACGUCGUGUUGCAGAUGAUAGAGAUGAUACAAAUUCUGACCAGGAUCAUCAGUCGAGGAUCGAAGACAACAGCUUCGUCUCACGGACUUGUAUCCUACAGGAGACGAAACCCGACAAAAAGAAUGCGAGACCCCAGCCCAUCCAAGCCAAAACUCUCCUCCUCUCCGCCCAGCGCGCCCGUGACCGGGAGCAAGGCUUGGCGGCCAUUCGGGCCUGGGAACUUUCUACGACGAGUCAUGAGAAGGAGAUGCGCGAGCGAGAGCGCUCUCCGUCGCUUCACCAGCGCGGGAUUAGGCGGACUGUGAGACGCGACGUUUCCCGAAUGAUGGGCGUGCACGCUGUGAGUGCUUGGGAGCGGGCUGUGACGCGUAGGUCUCGGCGAGAUCAGGUGGGGGGACAGGAGCGUCCUCCACGCGUUGAGAAGGACGUACGCAUUGUUCUCUGGGCGGCUCGUCGUGCUUAG